CAACACCGAGUCGAUGUGGCGGCCGGUGUACCGUACAUCCGGUACCUGCAGCGAGCGGCCACCAAAGACCAAUGGUCGCGACUUUCACCAGACUUUACCAUAAAGGCGCGGCUUAAAAUCGACGUUGUCUUUUUGGGGUCUAAAUAAUUGUUGAGUUUAACAAAUGUAGUCGGUGGUAGUAGCUCGUGUUGAAAGCGGUUGCGAUCCCGGAUGUCUUUUUGCUCUUUUGUGAACGUCAUCAUCACGCGUCGUCGCCUGGAUUGAAAGGUUUCGUUUCCCGCCUCAUUUGAAUAAGUUGACAACACAAAAGCAACAAGAGAAUACUUCCUCCGGAUGACACUCGCAUCUCAAGGGGGCACUUGGCGAGCCAACACCACCACGUGGCCGCGGUGGGGGCUGCAGCGGCCUUGGGCGCAUUUCAGCUGAUGGCAGCCGCGGACGCGCAGCCGCCGAUGGGGUGGCAGCGGGAGAGGGCGGAGCUGCGACAGGAAGUCCGCCUCCUGCAGGAAGAGCUGGCCGAGAGUCGGGCCCAGAGGGAGGAACUGGCGUCCAGGGCCAGGGCGCUGGGCGAGAGGCUGGAGCAGUCAGUGUCUCCCUCGCUGUCCCGCGCCCAUCUUGAGGAGGUGGAGGAGGAGGAGCGGAGAGAGAGGAGGAGGCGCGACAGGGAGGCGAGGGAGAGGGAGGCCCGGCAGGCGCUGCUCGUGCAUCGGCUGCAGAACAAGGUGAUGGAGUACAGAGAACGAUGUCAAAGUUUGGAGUCACAGCUGAAGGUUGGACACAGCCAGCUGAUGAGCACGCAGAUGAGCAUCGGGAGGGACACCUCGGAGUCGCUGGAGUGUGCCCUCAUCAGCCUGGAGGAGGAACAGCAAAGGGCAUCAGGCCUGGCUCAGACCACCUCGGUCCUGCGGCUGCAGCUCAGCCAAUCAGAGCGGGCCAACGAGAUCCUGACGGAGCGUGUCCGCAAACUGACGGCCGAUUUGACCCGAGCCUUGGAGGAGGCGGAGCGUCGGGCGUUCCAUUGGCAGAGAGAGCGAGAGUGCGUGUCCAGUGAGGUGGCUCAGCAUCAGGACCAGCUGUGGUGCGUGUGGAGGUGCGUGAUGUCACUCAGACAGCACUGCCGUGCCCUCAGAACUGCCGCUGACAGGGAUCUCUUGGAGAUGAGGACGGAGCUGUCCCGUCUGUCCUUAUCGCUUCAGUCCAGCUGCGACUCGACUUCUUUGCACCUCAUCAAAAUGUACCGGCUGCCGGCCCUGCCGUCGGCGCCGACCGCUCCCCUGCCCUCUUCUCCGGCCCGGUCCGCCUCGUCCAGUCUGGGGACGUUGACGGUGGGCGAGCUGCUGGAGGCCCCGUCCGAGGACAAGAUGCCAGACGCCGAGGGCACGCCGGAGGCUCUAGCGCAGGCUGUCGGCAAGCUGUGCCGCACGUUGAACGUGAGCGCCCCCUCGCAGUCAGUCCUCUGCCGGGAUGCAUCUUCCCUGCUGUGGAUCCUCUCGCAGACGGAGAGCGCCCUGCAGUGGAGACAGCACGAACUGCAGAGGGCGGAGCUUAGCGUGCGGCAGCUGGGUGAGGAGAAGGCCUCGCUGCAGAGGCGCGUGGAGCAACUGCAGGAAGACGACGACCGCAAGCGUCAGCGGUGCCCGCCCGCCCUUGACAGACAGCAGGAGGGUGGGCUUCCUUCGCAGCGGACGGAGGCGGAGCUUCGCACCAGGGAGGAGGAGCUGCAAAGGACAAAGGAAGCACUGCGGAGGAAGGAAGAGGAUUUGCUGAGCAAGGAGGCAGGGCUACACAAGCGAGUCGGGGAGUUGCGUCAGGAAGAGGAGGAUCUACAGAAGAGAGAGGCGGAGCUGCAGAACAGAGUGGAGAAGGUGCACAACAGGGAGGAGGACCUGCAGGGGAGGAAGGAGGAGGUGCAUAAAGCACAGCAGGAGCUACAGAAGAGAGAGGAGGAGGUGCGUGAGGUACGGCAAGCGCUACACGAAAGAGAGGAGAAGGUGCUAAGAAGGGAGCAGCAGCUAUUGGAGGAGCAGCAGAAGGUACAGGAGAGCAAGGAGGAGGUGCAAACGGAGGAGGAGUCCCUGCAGAAGAGAGAGCAACAGUUGCAAAAGACGGGGGAGGCGUUGCGUGAGGGAGAGGAAGCGCUACACAAAAAAGAGGCGGAGGUGUUAAGAAGGGAGCAGCAGCUGUUGGAGGAACAGCAGAAGGUACAGAAGAGCAAGGAGGAGGUUCAAACGGUGGAGGAGUCCCUGCAGAAAAGAGAGCAACAGUUGCAAAAGACGGGGGAGACGUUGCGUGAGGGAGAGGAAGCGCUACACAAAAGAGACGCAGAGAUGUUAAGAAGGGAGCAGCAGCUGCUGGAGGAGCAGCGGAAGGUACAGAAGAGCAAGGAGGAGGUUCAAACGGAGGAGCAGUCCCUGCAGAAGAGAGAGCAACAGUUGCAAAAGAUGGGGGAGGCGUUGCGUGAGGGAGAGGAAGCGCUACACAAAAGAGAGGAGGAGGUGCUCAGAAGGGAGCGGGAGCUGCUGGAGGAACAGGAGAAGGUGCAGAAGAGCAAGGAGGAGCUGCAAAUGGGGGAGGAGUCCCUGCAGCAAAGAGAGCAACACCUGCAAAAGACACGGGAGGAGGUGCGUGAGGGAGAGGAAGCGCUACACAAACGAGAGAAGGAAGUGCUCAAAGGGGAGCAGGAGCUCCAGCAAAAACGGGGGGAGUUGCAGAAGAGACGGGAGGAGCUACAGACAAGAGAGGAAGAGGUGCAGACCAGAGAGCGGAAGGUGCAGAAGAGGCAGGAGGAGCUGCAGAAGAGAGAGGAGGAGGUUCAGAAGAGUUUCGACGCUGAGCUGCUGCAAAGGGAGGCCAUCAUCAGAGACCUGAAGGGGGCCCUGCAGAGAGAAGAGCUGGCCAGAGCCAGGGCAGAAGAAGAAGCGGCGGCCGUCAGAGACGCCCUCCUCAAGCGCUCCUCCCAGCACGCAUCGGUGCUCCAGGAGCUGAAGGAGGCGCAGCGGGAGCUGCAGCUGGCGGCCGAGGAGAUGGCCAGGAUAGAAGGCGUGCACGAAGAGCAGCGCAGAGAGAGCGUGAGGCUGCGGGAGAUGCUGGAUGCUCUGCGGGCACAGCGGGAGCGCCACCAGCAGGAGGCGCAGGAGCUCAAGAGCCGCUCGGCAUCCCUGCAGGAACAACUGGAGAAGCAGCAGACGCAGAUGUCGUGCGGAAGUGUGGAGCGAAGCCACCUCGGCGCACACGUGCGCACGCUGCAGGAGGCCAAGGAGGCACUGGCCGGUGAGCUCCGAUGUCUGCGGGAGGAGAUGCAGAGAGUCACCUCCCAAAAGGAGCGCCACCGGGCAGAGAAAGAGGAGGCCUGGACACGAGAGAAGGACCAGCUCGGGAAGGAGUUGCGAACGAAAGACGGGGAUGUGGAGAGCCUGAGCAGGCGCAUUGAGGGACUACUGAAGGAAAGGAAGGAGCAGGAGGAGCAUGUGCAGCAACUCAGGGAGGAGUUGGAAACAAAGAAUGAGGAGAUGGAGAACCAGAGGAGGAGGGUGGAAGGCCUGCAGGAGGAAAUCAAGGUGGCGUCCAAGGAGAAAAAAGCUCUGGUGGCCGAACGAGAAAGGAAGCAACUGGAGGAGGGCGCCGCGGGAAUGGAGUUAGAGACGCUGAGGGGGCGCACGGAUGGCUUACUGAAGGAAAUGAAGGAGCGGGAGGAGCAUGGGGACCAACUGAGGAAGGACUUGGAAACAAAAGAUGCAGAGUUGGAGACCCAGAGGAGGCGCUCGGAUGAACUACUGGUGGAAUUGAAGGCGCUGAAGGAGCAACUUGGGAAAGAGUUGAGAACAAAGGAUGAGGAGAUGAAGACCCUGAAGAGACACAUGAAGGGGCGGGAGGAGCAUGGGGACCAACUGAGGAAGGACUUGGAAACAAAAGAUGCAGAGUUGGAGACCCAGAGGAGGCGCUCGGAUGAACUACUGGUGGAAUUGAAGGUGCUGAAGGAGCAACUAUGGAAAGAGUUGAGAACAAAGGAUGAGGAGAUGAAGACCCUGAAGAGACACAUGGACGGCCUGCAGGAAGAAAUGAAGGGGCGGGAGGAGGCCACGUCCAAGGAGAGGAGAGCGUUGGUGGAAGAAGGACAAAGGAAGCGAACAAAGGAGGAAGCCAUGGGCAAGGAGUUGGAGACGCUGAGGAGGCGUGUGGAAGGACUACUCAAGGAACUGAAGGGGCGGGAACAGCAGGUGGAGCAACUCAGGGACAAGUUGGCCACAAAGGAUGGGCAGUUGGAGACCCUGAGGAGGCGGACGGAAAGCCUGCUGCGGGAGAUGAGGGAGAAGGAGGUGGUGGCCAAGGAGCAGAAAGCUCUGGUGGCAGAAGAAGAAAACAAACGACUGGAGGAGGGCGCAAGGGGAUUGGAGGCGCUGCGCUCUCGCAUCACGCUGCUGGAAAAGGAGAAGCGGGAAGCAGAGGAGCUCGAAGAGGAGCAGAAGAAAGAAGUCCGGGAGAAGGAGGAGCGGCUGCGGCAAGUCGAAGAGCGGCUGAGGUUGGCGGAGCAGCGCCAAGAGGAGCAAAGCGGGGAGCUUCAGGAGGCCGCAGGAAAGCUGAAGGAAAAAGAGGCUCAAGUGGAAGAGUUGGAGCUCCACCUCGCAGAAUCGCAGCAGAGGAGCAACCAGGAGGAGGACCGGGACGCUGUCGAGCAGGAAUGGAGGAAAAAGGCUGCCAAGGUCAGCUGUGUCCUGAAGGAGCGCGAGGAGGAGGUGCGGAAACUGACGAGCGUGCUGCAAGAGCGCCAAGAGGAGCUGCGGAAUUUGAGGAGCAUGCAGGAGGCCCGAAAGGAGGAGGAGAAAGUCCAGGAGCCCCUGAGGAAGACGGAAGAGGACAAUGUUUGCGGGGAGCAGACGCCGGAGGGAAAGGAGAAGGCGCGGCUCCUCCGAGCGGACAAAGACGAGGAGGAGCGAGAACACAAUCUGCCGAGGACUGAAGAGGAGCUGGCAGCUCUCAGGGAGUCUCUGAGGAGGGAGGAGAGGCGGCGAGUGGAGGUGCAAGAGGAGCUGAGAGUAGCUCGGCGCAUGCUCCAGCAGAUGGCGCUUGACCUCACCGCCCUGCAGGAACAGGUGAGCAACAGCCGCGAGAAGGCCAGGGAGGACAAGGAGGCGCAGGAGGAGACCAUGAGGUCGCUCCAGAGACUUCUGCGGGAAAGCCACGAGGAGGUUGAGCGUCUGAGGCGCGCACUGCAGGAGAAGCAGCAACAGGAGGAAGAUGCGGGCAAGACCGACCGAGCUGGAGGAGUCGAAGCCAAAGCCCAGCGGCGGGAGAGGAGGAGAGAGGCGGGAGAACGAGAGAGCUUGGAAACAGAGAGCAAGAGUGGGCAAGAGAUUUGGAAGCCAGAUGAACAGAAGAUGAGCCAUGAGCAGCAGGAGGAGGAACGCUCUCAGACCAAGGCGCUCCAGCAACAGGAGCAGAUGCUGGAGGAGGAGGUCAGGAGCAGGAGGAGGGCCGGGCUCAAGCUGGAGGCAGACGAGCAGUUGAAGAGCAGCGACAGCCUGGGCAGCUCGCAGCAGGAGCUGACGAGGAGGCGGCACCGACAAACGCGGGCUCAGGACAAGGAGCGUCCGCGCUCGGCUCCGGAGGCAUGGCGCCAGGAGGGGGAUGGAGCUCGGCUGCUUCUGCUGCACAGUCGCGUGGCUCACCUGGAAAUCAAGCUGGAGCGCUCUCAGGGCAAGAAAGGCAAACUCAAACAGCACAACCGCAAACUCCGGGUGGAGAGAGACGCACUCGCACAGGCGAGCUGGCCGCAUGGGUCAGUGGCGGCGGACGGCCACCGGAGGGCGCCCUGUGUCGGCAAGCUUCAUCGGGACCUGGGCCAAUCGCUGGCCGCAGUCACUCUACGACCCAUUGUCGCUUCCGUCCUGCGGGCCGAGACGCAGCGAUUGGACCGCAGCCUGAGGGAGGAGGAGCUCCACCCAUCGGCAAAAUGCUGAUCAAUCAAAUUGGUCACGCACACAUCUGUUGCACUUCCAUUCCUACGUUAGGGCAUCCGAGCAGGCUUUGCAACUCACCUGGGCUUUCAACGUUCAACUUUGGGGGCCGCGGCCGCUCGAAAUGCGGCUUUGAAGCUGCAGGCCAGUCGAAUUGCAAAUGUUUGAGGCUUGCCGAGGAGGCUCGAGGCUUUCAAGCGCGGAGCCCCGAAGCGUCCGCACGCCAACAUUCCCGCCCUGACUGAAAACAAACGCGCCUCGUUUGCUUGGCUUAUGGCAGCGAGCUGAGGAAGGAAGCCGGGGCAACCUGCCCUCUCGGACCUCAAGGGAGCAGCCCAGAGAGAGUUCCGACGCUGGGCAGUUGGGAGUGGGUCAGCGAUAUGCUGCAUAAUUCGUCCUUCCGGACUCCCCGACUGCAGCGGAGGGGUUUUGAGCAACUCUCUCGGUCCAUUUGGUCAAGCCGGGCAAAUUGAGGAGGACGCCAUCUAUCUAUUGACGCAGGCAGAUUUGAACCAGUUCCAUCAUUUGUGAGACAAAACGGUCCUUAAAAUUGCCUUACUGUGACAUGAUCAAGCAGGUACCGCCUGGCGACUACCUUUUUUCCCCCCCUCCUCUGCACACGACAACAUGGAGAUGAGGAAGAGGGGUGUUAUCCCACCCCCAUGCAUUCUGGCUGCCAUGGCAACAGGGGCUGUUGAGCAAAGGUCAGCUGACGUGAGCACGUUGAGCACUUCCCGUCUGUUUACAUCCCCCAAUGUGACCUUUGUUUGACCUGGCUGGGGGCCGGGCAACACACACAAAGAAAACCCCAAACCCCAUCACAAUCACGUGUACGUGUACUUAACACACACCCGCGCAGAGGGCAAAUCAUGUUGGAGAGGUCAAGGAGGAAGUCAGAUGAGAUUGGUGAUGAGCGCCUCCAGGAAAGCGGCACACUCACAUGCUGAAAUACAGAGGGCAGGUUGUGCGUCGGUUUCCCAUGUUGUGAUUUUUCUAGGGCAACCAGUUACAGUGAUUCAUCAUCAGAUUCAACUGGCUCCCUCCCCAAACAAAAAAGACAACUAAAAUUAUUUUGUUGAUUUUUCUUGUUGGUAAAUAGCUCAUACAAAA